AUGUUAAAACAUUUCUACAUCUCUCCGCUUAUCUCUAAUAAUCGAGCCGCCACAUCCACUCGACAGUUCCGAGAGUGGUACCCACAAUAUGGGUGGAUUUUCCGCAACAUCACACUUACCAACUGCUCUGACGAGUACGAGCGUUACCUGACCGGCUAUAAGAACCAUUCCGAGAUAGAUUAUCUCGGCGGCGGCGGCAUCUACACUGCUCUCACCCAGCCGGUUAUCAACUGCAUCCUCAAGAACACGUCCGAAUACCUCAAGGGAUGCAUGACUGGCUCUCAGGUGCUGCUUGGAAUCAUGCCUACCGUUUUGGCUCUGCUAGGCCCCUCCCACAACGAAAUAGCUUUGCUGGCAAAUGUCGGUAGACGGCCACUGCUAGCGCUUGGGUUGGCCUUGUCGUCUCCUUCCACGUACUUCAGCCGGGCAUUCGAGUACUCUGACCCGAAAGAGAUUAUGAGUCACCACAAGAAUAGGCGUGAACAACGGUGCCCGGAAGGCAGGGGUUGGCAGUUGUUGAUCACAUGUGUGGAAUAUGCUCUGACAGCAGGAGCCUGUUUCAAUGCCGUCAACAACAGCAUACAGGUCGGUACAAUGUCCAUCAGUUCUGUCAUGUCAGAUUUCGAUUUCUUUGCAGCCUUGUGGCUAUUCCUCGGUGUCGCUGUUCACAUAUUCAGUUGUUUUGUCCUUCGACUUCGACUUCGGGAGAUCUUUUGCACAGAAUUUUUCCCUUGCGCAGCAAAGCAAUAUGAUGUGCGUAUUGUUACCUUUCAAGAGACCAAGAAAUUCUUAGUGGCAGCUUGGUGGGAAUCAACAUUUACAAUCCUUCAUGUUGUCUUUGGCACGCUUGUUUUCUCAAGUCUUCUCUUUUUGGGAAUCAAGGACGCGUUGAGUAUCGUGGGACGGUAUAUGGCAAGUGUGGCAUUAUGCCGAGUUAUUCUCAUGUAUGAGUUAGCUGGGCUACGGGAAAGAUGUAUUACUAUUGACGGAGAGAAGGUUAAGCGGAGCCUAGAUGAUACAUUCUAA